AUGCCUGCUGGUUCCGGCGCCGCCGGCGCGGCCCUGCGGGCGCUGCUGCGUCCGGCAAUCCCACAGGCUUCAGCCACAGAGGAGGACCACUCCCUGGUGGACUUGUCCCUCAGCGACUCCAGCGCCUCGCUGCUCGUCGCUGAGGAGGCAGCUUCACCCAGCAGGCACAAGUGGUCCGUGGCCCCUGAGGAGCCCAACUUGGAGGAGAGGCAGUUGAAAUGCCAGCAGGAGCUGGAGAAGGAGCUGCAGCAGAAGCGAGCCGAGCUGCGGGAGAAGGAGGCGCAGCUGAGGGCACGCACAGAGCUCGCGGAACCUGUGUGCCAGACCAGUCUACCUGAAGCCGCCUUGUACGAGCCCUUCAGAUGGAUGGAGACGCUGCCAAAGGAGCAACGAUCCCAGCUGGCGCGCUGCACCACGCCCCACUCUGCCAUGCGGGCCCUGGCACCCAAUGACGCCCCUCACGGCGUGCUGGAGGCCUUGCAAAGGCAGACGGCGCAGCUCAUGGGCGCUGCACUGGAGUUGGAGGAAGAGAUCCAGAAGGAGGAGGCCCAACACCAGGCGCAGCUGGCGGCCAUCCACGAGGAGCACCGCGCCCAGAAGAAGCGCGGCAAGCUCCGGCUGCUGGCGCACUGGGCGCCGGACCGGGUCUCGCAGCUCCAGGCGGAGGCCGUGGCUUGA